ACUGACCUACCACGACACCAACCAUACCCGAGGCAAAGCAAUUAUUCCAGGGAAAAAAAAACCUAAAAUUUAAUUGCAUCACUACUAAAAUGUCAGAAUAUAAAGUGAAUAUGCCGUUGUAGUUUGACUAGGAAAAGAAAACAUAGCUACUGCACUGUGGUUAGGUGACUCACAUUUUCGUAUUUAUCAAUCAUAAUUGAUCUUGUUUUACAGAACCCAGAUCUUGAUUUUUGUUUCCCGGUUCAUAGUUUUGCGAUACAGUUUCGUAUCUUGUACAAUUUUGAGCGCUCCGAACUGAUCAGAGGAAAACAGUAUGGCAACACCAACAAGAAUUGGUCUGGCUGGCCUUGCUGUUAUGGGGCAAAAUCUUGCCCUUAACAUAGCGGAAAAAGGAUUUCCUAUAUCCGUCUACAACCGAACCACUUCAAAAGUUGAUGAGACUAUUGAGCGAGCUAAAGCAGAAGGAAACCUUCCUGUCUAUGGUUUUCAUGAUCCCGAAUCCUUUAUUCGCUCUAUUCAGAAGCCUCGUGUUGUGAUUAUUCUUGUUAAGGCCGGUGCCCCGGUUGAUCAAACCAUCAAAACUCUUUCUGCUUACAUGGAGAAAGGAGACUGCAUUAUUGAUGGUGGGAAUGAAUGGUAUGAGAAUACCGAGAGGAGGGAGAAAGAAGUGGCUGAAUUGGGUCUGCUUUAUCUUGGAAUGGGAGUCUCGGGUGGCGAAGAAGGUGCUAGGCAUGGACCAUCACUGAUGCCGGGAGGUUCUUUUGAGGCAUACAAGUAUAUUGAAGACAUCGUACUGAAAGUAGCCGCUCAAGUUCCCGACAGUGGCCCGUGUGUUACUUACAUCGGCAGAGGAGGUUCUGGUAACUUUGUUAAGAUGGUUCACAAUGGGAUUGAAUACGGUGAUAUGCAGUUGAUUGCGGAAGCUUAUGAUGUACUGAAAUCUGUGGGGAAACUCUCUAAUGAUGAAUUGCACAAAGUUUUCACAGAUUGGAACCAAGGGGAGCUUCUUAGCUUUUUGAUUGAAAUCACAGCUGAUAUAUUUGGAAUCAAGGAUGACAAAGCGGAUGGGUAUUUGGUAGACAAGGUUCUGGAUAAAACGGGCAUGAAAGGCACUGGCAAGUGGACUGUUCAGCAAGCUGCCGAGCUCUCGGUUGCAGCACCAACGAUAGCUUCAUCACUGGAUUCAAGAUUCCUUAGUGGAUUGAAGGACGAGAGGGUUCAAGCUGCCAAGGUCUUCAAAUCUAGCGGGAUUGGUGAUAUCCUUACUGAUCAGGUUGUUGAUAAGAAGCAGUUGAUCGAUGAUGUGAGAAAGGCACUUUAUGCAUCCAAAAUCUGUAGCUAUGCCCAGGGAAUGAACUUGCUUCGUGCAAAGAGCAUUGAACAAGGGUGGGGCUUGAAGCUCGGGGAACUGGCUAGGAUUUGGAAGGGUGGUUGCAUUAUCCGUGCUAUAUUUUUGGACCGUAUCAAGAAAGCUUAUGACAGGAACCCAGACCUCGCUAGCUUACUCGUGGAUGAAGAGUUCGCAAAGGAGAUAAUUGAACGACAAUCUGCUUGGCGAAGGGUUGUAUGCCUUGCUAUCAGCUCUGGUAUUAGCGUUCCUGGGAUGUCUACAAGUUUAGCUUAUUUUGACACUUACAGGAGGGAAAAGCUCCCUGCCAACUUAGUCCAGGCUCAAAGGGAUUACUUUGGUGCCCACACAUACGAGAGGAUUGACAUGCCAGGGUCUUUCCAUACCGAGUGGUUCAAGAUUGCCAAGCAGUCAAAAAAUUGAAUCUCUUCGGGGCCUACUUGCUGAACCGAUGCUUUCAUUACUCUACUGAAUAAGGUUUUUCUUGUGAUUGAAAAUACUAGAUGCAGUCAUGUUAUCAUCUAGUUAUGCAACAUUUUGAUGUAACCCUUUGAAAUGUCCCGAAACAUUUACGAUUUAUUGAAGUUUUUCACAAUAAACCACUUGUGGGUUUCUUGGUCCA